AUGUAUUCACGAAGAAACUCAUCAAAUAUCAACAAUACACAAAAUCAAAAUCGAAAUUCUUUUAUACCUAGUGAACAACGUCGGCCUAAUUUUGAUAAAUUUGUUCGUCGUUAUGAAAUUAAUCAAACUUUUGCUAAAAAAUUACUUGCAUUAGAUGGUUAUGAAAUUGUAUUUGUUUGUGAUGAUUCAGGUUCAAUGAAUACUCCACUUGGUGAUGUUUUUGGUUAUUUGAACAAUUCACGUACUCGUUGGGAUGAACUUAAACAAACAGUUUCAAUAGUUGUUGAUCUAGCUAGUACUCUCGAUCCAAAUGGUGUUGACGUUUAUUUUCUUAAUCGAUUGUUUGCUUUUUUUUUAAUUAUUUUAUGUUUUACUCCAAUUACACGUGUUCUCCGUGAAAUUCUUCGUAAUAAACAACAUGAAAUUCAAGAACGUAAUUUACUCAUUCUUAUAGCAACUGAUGGAAUACCGACUGACGAUGACGGCUAUCAGGAUAUUGGCUCAUUGAAAAAAGUUUUACAAUAUGAACGUAAUCCAACACAUCGAAUUCCGGUAACAAUUAUUGCUUGUACAGAUGAUGAUCAAUCUAUGGAUUACUUAAAUGAUUGGGAUAAAGAAAUUCCAAAUUUAGAUGUUGUUGAUGAUUAUCGAAGUGAAAAAAGACAAAUUUUGCGAUGCCAAGGAAAUGAUUUUCCAUUUAGUUUUGGUGAUUACAUUGUAAAAAUUUUAUUGGGUGGUAUAGAUAAGUGGUUUGAUGACUUAGAUGAAAGAAAAGUUUCAUUAAAUGGUUUUGGACGAUCACAAAAUGGUGAUCGUUUUUGA